AGAGCUGUAACUUCCGGUUCUCUCGCUUUGCUUUGUUGUGUACAAGUUCAAGAUUUUGAGACGACAUUUUUAGUUAAUAUAAUCACAGGGACCUCUGUGAUAUAGUAUGCUUACUUGUAAUGCGAAUAGAUGUAUAUAAGUAAGUAAGUCAAGCCCAUAUUCCUUUAUGAUGGUUUAAGUUUGGAUAUAUUGUAAGUUAAAUGUGUGUAUUCUCGGCGUUUUUCUCUCUCGAUCAGCUGCUCAAUCUAGAAAAAUGUGGAAAAUUCUGAUGUAAACCUUGGAUUAGAAUGCAGUUUUGCGGUUAGAGAACAUUGUCAAAUAUGAUCAAUCCUGAUAUUGGUAUUUACGCAAACAAUAACUACAUCCCAGACAUUGGCCAGUUUGGUCACCAACCCGACAUCAUCAACUACCCGCCAAUGCAGACUAACGCAGGAGCAUGCAACUACCCUGGCAAUUUUACCUUUGCUGUUCCUACGUCAGCAAAUCAACUUACUGCAGGCUUUACUCAAACAAACCUUUAUACAAACACCAUGACUUACAUGAAUCCUCGACAAGUGGUGCCAGGAAUGGGGGUGUCCUGGCAGCACACAGUACCGAAUUACAUGCCAUGGACUGACCAGGAGUAUGGCAAGGUGUCAUCAAGUGUCUCCUUCACAGGGAAAUCGAUGGUAUCACAAAGUUACCACAUGGUAACAAGUUCCAGACCAUCGUGCAGUGGUUCACUCAGGAGAAAUAAACGCCAUGCAUCAGAGGAUAUUGAAGAAUGUUCGCCAGAAAAUAAAAUUUUUCUAACCGAAGAAAAAAUGGCUGCGAAGAUGAAGAAUUUGAACAUCAGUUCCACCAAUUCUUCCUCUGUUUCUCCUUUUCAACUCUUGCCUGACAUUGUUUUGUCCAGUAACAUGGACACCCCAUACUGUAAGGAAGCAGGAGAUCUACAGCGGCUAAGAGAACUUGAGAAAAGACUUGAAGAGGAUGUUUCUGAAAGCAUAGACAGGGAAAAGGGAGGGAAAGACAAAGGAAAACCCAAGCUUCGACUGAAAAUAAAUUUACCAGAUCAAGUAGCCGCCAGUAUAUUUGACCCAGAGCCCUUAUUGCCAAAGAGAAUUUUACAGGACUUAAACAAACCCUGUAUGGAGGUGGUGCUAUGGAAGCCUCCAUUAGGCAGACCAGCAGACCUGAGAGAUAGGAAACCACUCAGUCAGGAAUCCCCUAUGAAUAACUUAGAAGAGGGGUCAACAGUUAUAGCUAUGUCUGACCAGGAUAGCAACACUCUCUUAACAUCACCAUUAACGAGAUCAUACGCGGAAGAUCUUAUGGAUGCAGAAACCAUGGAUUUAGAAUAAAUGAGGAGUGGAAACGGAAACAUUGGAUUUACUAUAAAUGAAUGGAAACAGAAACCUUGGAUUUAAAAUGAAUGGAAACGAUCAUGAGAUUACUGACAAAUGUGUAUCACUUUGUGAUGUUGUAUAGCUGAUUUACUUGUGAUCUCAUAGUUUUAUCUGGUAUUCAUACAAAUAAUUUCAUUUUUACAUGUCAUACCAGUCCUACAUCAUGACUUUACUCUUGCAAAAAAAUCAUGUGCAUUUCAAAAUCAACUUCUCCAUUAAUAAAAAAAAUUAGAAUGUAAUUCAUCAAACUUCUUUUUUUUAAUUUCCUUAAAAAUACCUGAAUUUUGUAUAUGAACAUGUAGUGUAACAUGAUUUUUUUUAUAUUUAUGCAAAUUAGUUUAUAUGUGUUGUAAAAUUCAGGAUAUGAUUUCAUUCCCGUUUGUUAAGUUUUGGUGGAAUGGUUUUACUGUAAAGGCCUUUUAUCCACAAUGUAUUUAUCAAAGGUUUAUUCAUAAAGUGUGACCGUGUAUCAUGAAGUACUUUACAUGUUCAUUUUAUUUGGAAUGCGUAAAUUUGUUUGUUCAUAGUUUUCUGUCACUGCCAAUUGUUAAAAUUUACAGUUUAGUUAAAAAAAAUUGUGUGAUGGUUUUGGGUUGUUUGCUCAUUUUUAAAUCCAAAUUUGGUAAUGUCACAAAUCUCACAAACAUUUUAUCAUUUUGAUAGAGAAUAUUUUUUCACCAAAACUGGAAUGAUUAGUCAUUAUCAUCAAUUUGAAUGACUUUGUCCUGUUUGUAAUAAUUUUUACUAACUUUUGUCUAUCAUACAUGUACAUUGGUAUAAAUUGUAGGGAUGUGUGUUGCUGAAAGACUGUAUUUCCAGUAUGCGAGGAUGUACAUGUUUUAAAAUGAAAUAUACAUGUACCUAUGGUGUAUUUGGCAAUGAAAUAUGCAAAUACAAA